UCAGGGGAGUUAAACUUCUUCCUAAGCUUAACUAAAAUUCAAAAUCUGUAAAAUGUGAGGACUGAUCAAAAUCAAGGAAACGAAGAGAAACAACGGCGAUUGUCCAGUUUGCUUCACCAAGUGAUGUGAUGGCUUCUUCACAUAGUACUUACUUGGAAGGUGUAGUAGAUACUGCGUGCAAAGAGAUUUUGAAUUCAUUAGAAAAUGAUGAUGUUUCGAGAGUCAUACUUGUUGGUGAAGCUGGAAUAGGCAAGACAUGGAUGGCUCGCAAGAUAUUCGAGCGUGCACCUAAAGACGACUCAUGCUCAUGCUACACUUCUCUCUCGUUGAAUCUAAAUAAAGAUUUUGAUGAAGUGUCCCUUUACGAGGAUAUAGCUUCUCAGCUUUCGGUAUUUCUUGAUAAGGAAGAGAGUGAAGAGGAUGAUAGUGAAGAUGAGGAAGAGGAUCAGAAUACUAGAGACUUGGGGAGGUUGAAAGACAAGAUUCAUACAAAACUUAGGAAAAAGAAGGAAAAGGCUGAAACAAAGAAUCUUUUGAAAAAGAAGGCCAAGGGUGAAAGAAAGAAGUACCUCCUUUUGGUUUUGGAUGAUGUAGGAAGCGUGACAAACGAAGAAAAAGUGAUGAAAGAUUUGGAACUUGAAGUUUUUCUUGCACCUUUCCGUCCUUUCAAGAUUCUUCUCACAAGAAGGAAAGGAGAAGGAGACUCUAAAGCUAAGAUGAAACCCCAUGCCACAGAUGAGUUACAUACUACUAAGUCUGACCGUGAGAUGCAGUCUGAUGGCUCGGAGGAGUUGGAAGUAAACUCUGAUGAAGAGAUGAAGUCCCAUGCCACAGAGGAGGUACAUACUAAGUCUGAUGGGGAGAUCGAUGAGUUAGAAGCAGAAUCUAAUAAAGAGGUCGAGUCCCAUGCAACGGAUGGGGAAUGGGAUUUACUUGACCCCCACUCCUUUGAUGCGUCAAAGAUUUUAUGCAGCUUCUUUACAGAUAGAUAUCUGAUGAAUCUACUCAAGUCCCUGAUCAAAUAUGACUUACUUGAAUCCCUUGAGAUUGGUUGGUUCUCGAAGGUUGAUAUUGUGAAAAUGAGCAUGGGUUUGCCGGCUGCAGUCGUUGUGCUAGCCAAGUCUCUAAAUUACAUUUCUCGGAAUCUUCAGUUCUCUGAUCAGCUUCCUCCAAAGCAAAAGGAAGUUUUCUUAAAAGUUCUCUCCUCUUUUCAUCCUGACCGUGAAAGAGCUAAUCCUAUUCUACAUCUCGCAUAUGAGUUAUUAAAAACAGAUGAUACAGUGAAGAGUUCUAUUGUUGACUGCUUCUGGCAUAGCUUGAGCUUCUUUGAGCAUUGUGGAUGUGUUUAUUACCAUGAGUUGAUCGCACAUUGGAUUCUUGAAGGCUACUUUGAUCCUGUUAGAUCGGUUACCAAGGCCUAUAUGGAAGGCCAUGCGGUCAUGAUGGAGCUUUUAGACCGUGGUUUUCUGAAGAUACAUGAGGACAAUGUAGUUAUGCCAGAGGUUGCAAUGAAGAAUCUAAUAGAUCUUCGGUGUCGUGGACUGUCAAGCAGAUCUCGAAUCGCACUUGCUAAAGUUUGUGGUAGUGACAGAACACAAGGUCUAGGGAAAACCAACCAGCUGGAUGACAUCAUGGAAGCAGUCCAAACGACGAGGAAAAGAGACAAAAUUACCACAGGUCUGAUUAGUGGAAACCGUUUGCGUCGUGAAUCUCCAGAAGACUUCUUUGAAAAGCUAAAUGAUGUUGAGAUACUUGGCCUUUUUGAACCCACAGUGGAACCUUUUGUCCCGUUUUUAUCAAAGCUAGUGAAGCUUCGAGUUCUUGUGAUCAGGGACUGUGACCUACUACAAAAUAUAGAGUAUCUUAAGGCUCUUACAAAGCUAACUGCUCUUGAAGUUUCUGGUGCUAGCUCCCUGAUGGAAAUCUCUGAUGACUUCUUUAAGGAAAUGACUGAUCUUCAAAGUCUUCACCUCUCCGGGCUUCAGAUCAAAUUUGCCCCUUCCAGCAUUUCUGUACUAUUGCAUCUUCACUCUCUCAUCAUCAAGGACUGCCCUUUAUUGGAAGAUUUGCCAGACAUACAAGAACUAGUAGAGCUUGAGGUUGUUGAUAUUUCUGGUGCUCGUGGGCUUCAAACUUGUUUCGACAACACAGAAGGUGACAAGAAAAACACAAGCAAAAACAAAAACUUUUAUCUUCUUAAAAAACUUCAGCUUCUUGACUUCUCGGAGAGUCAAAUAGAGAGAUUACCAAUGUUCCAGGACAAUGAGGUGGCCGCAAAACUUCACUCCUUGACUCGGCUCUUGUUGAGAAACUGUUGUAAGUUGAGAAGAUUGCCUAAUCUGAAGCCAUUGUCAGGUCUCCGUAUUCUUGAUCUUUCUGGCACUUCCAGCUUAGUGAAAUUACUGGAAGUAUGCUUCGAGGAUAAGAAGGAACUCAGAAUUCUUAAUAUGUCAGGCACUUAUCUUAGCGAGCUGCCUACCACCAUCGAGGAGCUGUCUAGUCUCAAUGAACUUCUCCUACGGGAAUGCAUCAACCUAUAUGAUAUCCCAAACAUUCAGAAACUCACAAAUCUUGAAGUCAUUGAUGUUUCCGGCAGUACCAAGCUGGAGAUGAUUGAGGGAUCAUUUGAGGACAUGUCUUACCUACGUGAAGUGAAUCUUUUUGGAACCAAAGUGGAGACACCAGAGUUGCCAAAGGAGACCAAAAUCCAUUGUCUAAAACGUAUUAUUCUGGCAGAUGGAAGGCGUUUUGAAGGUGAGACAUGGAGCAAAGUAAAGGAAGAAAUCGAACAUGAUAGAUCUGAGAAUGCUAGCUCCUCUGAUGCAGUUGCUACAUCCCAAGAAACGCCGCCAGAAGAAAUAAGAGAGAUUCAAUCAGAUGAACAUUGUACUGAGAUGGGAGAUGCAAGCAAGGAACGUCUUCUCCGAGUCCCUAUAGAGAGAGAUCUAUAUAAGAAGUUACUAUCACGUUUUGCUUCCGCAAGUCAGCAGGAAGUCAUGGAGAUCAAUGAAACUAAUGAGCUAGAUGAGGAUACACUAGCUAAUGCUGAGUUUGUGUCUUUUGUGGACUGUACUCCUACAAGGCUCACGUUCAUCUUUAACAAGACUAAAUCCAUGAAGCGUUGCUGGCUAAGAAUGUGCACUGACAUAAAAGACCUUUUCUAUGACGUGGAUGAGGAACAUUUGAAAUCACUGGAGACUUUGUCGAUUACAAACCUUGCGUCAUUGGAGACUAUAAGAUCUGUUGGUAACUUGGAGAAUCUGAAGAACCUAAGCUUAGAUUGCUGCCCGAAGAUCAAAACGAUUUUCUCGGAGAUGCCUGCCAGCCUAGAAGUCCUAAAUUUAAAGCAUUGUGAGAACCUGGAGAAAGUUGUUGAAGGAGUCCAACUGUCAAGUCUCACUAACCUGACGUUGAAAGUGGAGAAUUGCCCAAACUUGGAGGUAUUUUCCAAAGACUCGGAGUGGGAAAUAAUUGAGCCUGAGGAGGCAUCAUCAUCACAAGAGUGAAGGAUCUAGAUCUUCAUACACAGAUUUGGAGAAAACUGGUUACAAUGAUCAUCAGACACCGCAAAUUAUUCAGCAACAAAAACAACUACCCCAUAGGACAGGUUAGAGAAGAAUAUGACUACUGAUGUAACAAAUGAGAGUAUCAGCUGUACGUGUGAAGUUUGGAUAAGAAGAAGUGAAUCACGUGUGAUGGUGAGCUGGUGGAAAUGGGAAAGCAAUGUCAACGUAACGGCAAACGAACAAUGUUAGUUAACACUGUUUGUUAGCUUAGUAUAAGAGCACCUGUUAGCUCACAUUUCUCAUUAUGCAAAAUCGGAAUUGUUGUUUCUAUUUUCUUGGUUUGGUGACUUGUUCCUCAUCGUUAUUGCUGGAGAUUCUCUCUUGAGACUCUUGCAGAUGAGAUGAUGAUUCUGCGUUUCUUGUGAACG